AUGGAGGGUAACGGCUUGUUCAAGAAAUUAAAGCGUCCUGGCUUUCUACAAACCCGCGAAAAUCGAUCACUUCCACCAGGGUACGAUGUCGCUGUUGAAGAAUACUCUGAUGAGCAACUCGGCAUUACAGAAUCCUACGAUAGCUUGAAGUAUGAUGAGGCAUAUAGCGAGGCUAUGGACAUUGAUGGCUCGUCACAAAGCCGCGCAUCGAGAAGCCAGUCUGUUCCUGAAGCUCGCGAUCUCCCCCGCAUUGCGACUUCUCGAUUAGCCCCCAUAAAACAGGGCAGCGCUAAUAGCAUUUCCAAAUCCAAAGACCCCACGGGACUUUUUGCCAUUUCAUUACCUCGCCAUCCGGUUGUGGAUGUAAUAUUUCUCCAUGGCCUAGGAGGAUCAUGCUAUCGGUCAUGGUCAUGGGCUCAUGACAGAGCUAAUUUCUGGCCCCAAUGGCUGGUAUCGGAACCUGAGAUGAGAAAUGUUAGAGUUUGGACGUUUGGUUAUGCCGCCGCACUGGCAGGAUCGUCUACCACGAUGAAUAUUAUGGACUUUGCUAAAGAUCUGCUUUUCAAAAUGAAAUACGAGCAGCAGGAUAUCCCGAUAGGAAGCCUACCUCUUGUUUUUGUUACCCACUCAAUGGGGGGCCUCGUUGCGAAGAAGGCGUUCACGAUCGGAUUGAAUGAUAAAGCUUAUACAAAUAUUGUGUCUCAACUGAAAGCCGUAAUAUUCAUGUCUACACCACAUCGCGGAGGUAACGGAGCUGAAGCUCUUAGCCAAUUACUUCAAGUUUUCGGAAUGUCUAAGGACUAUGUUAAAGAACUCGCAUCAAACUCAACAUUUCUUCAAAGUAUCAACGAUGAAUUUACAAAUGUCAGCCAGGAUCUCCAGCUUUUCUCCUUUUACGAAACACUGAAAACGUCCGGCGUUGGUGGUAAAUCAUAUAUUGUCGACAAAGAUUCGGGCGUACUAAAUCUCCAAAAUGAGACAAGCAUCCCCAUGGUGGCAGAUCAUCACACAAUAUCACCUGAUUAUGUUGAAACAACUAACCCCAGUGAAAGCGUAGAGGUAGGAAAGUUGCUUGGUAUUGAUGCAACAGAUCUCGCUCGGAAUUCGCAAAGAUUUUCGACUCGAUUUAGAGACGGUACAUGCCAUUGGAUUCACCAUCACCAAUGGUUUUAUAAUUGGGUUGAGAAAGAAGAAUCUGGGCCACAUUUGCUCUGGAUUUCCGGCGCUCCGGCGACAGGAAAGUCGGUUUUAGCCACUUAUAUCUCUUCUGUCGUUCGCAGAAGGUGGAACGACCCCUCCUGCCAUUAUCACUCUUUCGAAUUCUCCGACAGAUCAAAGCGCUCCGCAUCUUAUCUUUUUCGGUCACUUGUGUUCCAGAUGGCCCGAUGGUCUCCUCCGCUUCGCAUUAAACUGUCGCAAAUAGCGGAGCAUUUUGGCACAAAUUUGGAAGGCAUCAGUGCUGCUGUCUUGUGUGAAAGGUUAUUUGGAAACGCGAUGACAGAUCCACUCGAACUUCACUCUAAUCAAUUUUGGAUCAUAGAUGGAUUGGAUGAAAGUGAACCUGGAGCCGUUCAAACCAUAUUCCAAUGUUUCAAAGCGCUCAACCAAAGCUUACGGUUUAAGAUCCUUUUGCUUUCUCGGCCAACGACAGACAUCACUAUGAGAAUAAAGCAGCUGCCUUUCAAGUCUACAACACAUAUGUUAUCAACAAUCGACACUUACGAUGAUAUAAAAGCUUAUGUUGAAGAGGUCGUCGCAGUCAUGAUUCCAAAGGGCGUCGCGACUAGACAACGGCUCGUGGAUAAAGUUCUGACCAAAGCAUCUGGAAAUUUCUUGUGGGUCGCGUUGGCAACUAAGGACCUGGGAGAAAAUUGGCACUUGCGAAGUAACAUUGAUACUAUUUUGAGCAGCUUUCCUACCGAGAUGACACCUCUGUAUGCGCGUAUGAUUCAAAAGAUCGAGAAACAAGCGGCUCCGACGCGACAUAUGGCUUCUACACUCCUUCGAUGGGCUACCUACUCGUUCAGGCCUCUCCACGUUUCGGAAUUGACGAUAGCUCUUGAUUCGGAGUUCCCAGAUCUAACUAGUCUAGAGGAUACCAUAAGUCAUAUCUGUGGCGACUUUGUUCACGUUCAAAAUGCCAGAAUCAACCUAGUUCAUGAAACGGCGAGGCACUUUCUGGUAAACAAAAACGCCAGCCAACUUGUCUCGUUGAGAUCAGCUGAUUGCCACGAAUAUCUCGCAAUUCUUUGUCUCAGGUAUCUUUCAUCCACCAAAGACCGUCAGUGGAGGCAAAUACUUAGUACGGCUGAAAUUCGCCGGGGAAGCAUUUCCUUCCCAAACGCGGUUGCCAACCUACUUCCCAGUACUUAUGGAUUUUUGGUUUAUGCGUCUUCAUAUUGGGCCUAUCAUCUGAGUCUUGCUAAACCAGAUUCUGAGGCUCUUCGAAACGUAGUUUGUGAAUUUUUUGAUAACGAUGUGCUUACUUGGAUCAAUUCUUUAGCAUUAAUGGGAGACUUGAAAUCUAUCAUCAAAGCGGCGCAGUAUCUGAAGACAUUCAUAAAAGCCAGGGAAAAGUCACUUCACAAGGCAGAUCCCCGCACCUUCCAGAGUGAUGAUGUCGAGUUUCUGAAACUGUGGACAGUCGAUUUGAUUAAGCUCAUAGGAAAAUUUGGGUCUAAUCUCCUGCCCCACCCAUCGUCUAUCUACAAGCUAAUUCCUCCAUUUUGUCCUGCCAACUCUGCCAUAAGAAAACUUCUUAGGACUGGUCACAAUGGAAUUUCAGUUUCCGGAUUGACUUCUGCAGACUGGGAUGACUGUCACGCACGUCUCUCUGUUGGGGCGGACGAAUCAGCAUCAAAGCUUAUUGCCACUAACAACGUCUUUGCGGCAUUAGUACCGCAGGCUCAGUGCUUGGUGGUGUGGAGCUCGGAGACGUGUGAGGAGCUAAGAAGGCUCAACCAUGGUGAGUAUGUCACUGAAAUGGCAGUCAGCUCGAGUGGACAACUUGUCUGCACGUCGGGAUUAAAUAUGAUCAGGAUAUGGGAGCUGUCAACCGGGAGAAAUGUUGGGUCCCUUACUAAACAUAGCGAUGACCGAGUUCUCACGAUCGCUUUCGGGUCCUCUGAAGACGAAGUCCUCGUAGGGUAUCAAGACCACUUGAUAGUCUGUCAAAAUUGGCGGACUCAAGUCAUUACAACGGCUUUUCGUGUUGUGCUGAUGGGGGAUGAAAGUGGAAAUCAAGGCUUAAGAUGUGUGAGCUUCAACGCUAGCGGAACACAAGUUGCCGUUUCAUCUAGAGCAAAAGCGGUCGAGGUGUGGGAUAUGCCUUCCAGAAGUCGCAUACAUAGAUGCAUUAGGAGGGAUGAAAUGACGCAUACGGAGAAAGAUAUAUUUAUACAAGCAGAAGUCAUCAAAUGGCAUCCGGAUUCUGGAAAUCUGUACAUCCUUUAUCACGAUACAAUACUGGUAAACUGGAAUCCUGUAUACGAUGAGCAAAGCGAACACCUCAUUGGCGCCAAAGUGAUGACUCUAAGUCGAUGUGGAAACUAUCUUCUUACUAGUGAUCACCGCGGCGCAGUAAGAAUAUAUACAACUCCAGAUCACUCCCGAAGUGGUGCACCAGAGUUCAGUGUUCUAUAUCACCUUGAGAACCAAGAUUUUGUCUCUGAUCUUGCUUUUAGCUUCGAUAGUCAACGAUUUUACGAUCUCAGGGGAUCGGUGUGUGGUGUUUGGGAGCCUGAAGUUCUAGUUCCAGCCGAAAGACCUGACGCCGAAGAAGACAGCACCUCAGUAAGUGGCAGUACAUGGGAUGGCGAGACAAUAAAACUCUCGACAACCUCGACCAGUGGCCCUAGUAUAACAGCGUUAUCUUGUGCGCCAAGAGACCUUGGUUUCUGUUGCGGUCGAGAUGACGGCUCAGUCGCAAUUCAUGAUAUGACCACUGGCAAAAGACUUCGCACUCUUCCGGGUCAUACGGCUGAAAUGGCUAUAAUUAGCUUGACAUGGUCUUCAUCUGGCAAUUAUAUCGCUUCUGGAGACGAAUCUGGCCGAGUCUUGGUGAGGAAGCUCGCACUGCCUAGUGCUCCAGGCGGUAAAUUAACAGUCUUCAAAGCAUCGGAAUUUAGGGUCAAGACCGAUGGAAUAAAUCAACUUCUCUUCAGUUCCAAUGAUAAGUAUCUCUUGGUAUCUACUUUCUCUGCCGAAACAGUAUGGGAUGUGUCGGCGAAGAAAAUAUGCCACACACGAAAACAUAGCUCACCUCGACAUCUAAAAUGGAUUGAAAAUCCAAAGAACGCUGCACAACUUCUGUCUGUGCAAGCAGGCAAAUUACAUGUAUUCGAUUGGGUUGAAUUUGCAGACCUCACCCCCGACACAGGUUUAAAACUUGUCGAUUCUACACAAGCAAUGUCUACCAAGAAGCACGGACUUGAACAGGAUCUAGAUGAUCUUGCAUUACACAAUCCAUACAACCAGGAGUUAAAUGUUGUGAACCACGUCACUGCGACGAAAGACACUAGAGCCGUGAUCAUCGAAACGAUUCCCAGCUCUGGCCACGAGAGAGAUCGUAGAAAAAAGCGGCGACUUGAAUUAUUCCACACUAAAGACCUAAAGUUAGCGAUGGGUAGCGCUUUGAGCAACCCUGAAAUUCUACUCGAUAAUACCAUUCAAGGCCUAGCAAAUGAGGUGUCAAAGCUCGUUGGUAGUUACCAGAGCCAAGUUGUGUUUUUUGAUCACCAGCAAUGGCUUUGUACGUGGCAAAUUGGCACUAGCGUCUCGGGACAUCAAAAGCACUUCUUUUUGCCAAAGGAGUGGGCGACUAGCGAGGCGUUGUCACUUGUUGUGCUCAGUGAGCUAGGAACUCUUCUCUGUCCCAGGAACGGGGAAGUUGCUAUUAUUACGAAUGGACUGAAGUUUUAA